AACAGCAAACUCGGUCAGUGGGCGGUACAUCCGCUGGGCAGUACACUGCGUCCUAUAUAAGGAGGUAAACCCAAGACGCAACCAGACAGCGGGGAGCUGCGCUGAGGAGCAUCGUUGCAGAUGGACGGGAUACUGAACGGCAGCGCUCAGGAUCCCGAGAAUUACUACCAACUGCUGGGCUGCGAUGAGCUGUCCACGACAGAGCAGAUCGUUGCAGAGUUCAAAGCAAAAGCACUGACCUGCCAUCCUGACAAGCACCCACACAACCCGAAAGCAGUGGAGCAAUUUCAGAAACUGCAACAAGCGAAAGAGACCUUGACCAAUGAAGAGAGGCGCUCCCGUUAUGACCAAUGGUGUCGCAGCAGGAUAGUGAUUCCAUUUCAGCAGUGGGAGACACUGAGUGAUACUGUUAGAAUGUCCAUGCACUGGGCUGUGAGAGGGAAGAAGGAGCCAAUGCUGGAGGCACCAUUUGUACAUCCAGAGAGCUCGACCCAGACAGGGGAACGGAGAGAGCAAGCAGAGGAGGAAUGGACUCCAGUGUCUCAGGACAAUAAGGAACAGGCUGGUGCUGGGAUCGAAGAGAAAAAAAUGGCUAGUGAAGACCCAAGUUGUUCCGAAAGCCUCUCCUCUCAGUGCUUUUCCAACGUGAACCACUGCCAUUACAUUUUCCGCUGGUCAGCAGACUCUCCCUCAGAACUGCUCCGGAAAUUCAGGAACUAUGAAAUCUGAAACUGGCUCGACCACUGGAUGGGUCAUCUCGUUUCUCAGUCAAUUUGUGAAAAUGUCUUUCAUUGUGAUAAGUUCCUCCUCUAACUGUUGAUGUUGUGCAGAGUCUUUUUACUGUGUUAUCUUGUGCACUUCCAGUCUUGGUGAAAAAUAAACACCUCAUAGUAAUUCCUUACCAGAGAGAGAGAGAGAGAGACAGAUGGGACCAAUGGUUAGAAAUGAUAAAACUACACCCCUCCCCCUCUUUGGUUACCCCUUGAUUGUUAAAUAUUAAUAUUAUUGAGUUUACCUGUGAGUGUUGUAGAUAUAUGUGGAGCUAUAUGUGAUCUUGGAGCAUCAUUUUACGUAGCAAAUAAAAAUGUGAUGUUACACCUUCUUAA